GAUACUAUCAUUGUGAUAUGUAUAACGAAAUUAUUCUCUCAUAAUGAAUAAUUCAACUAAAGCAAAAAUCUCUGAUAAAAGAGAGAAGCCAUAUCACUGUGAUAUCUGUGGUAAGUCAUUCUCUCAUAGUAGUAAUCUAAGAAGGCACAGACGUGUUCAUACUGGAGAAAAACCAUAUCAGUGUGAUAUCUGUGGUAAAUCAUUCUCUACCAGUGGUGACUUACGUACACACAAACGUACUCAUACAGGAGAGAAGCCAUACCAUUGUGAUAUCUGUGGUGAAUCAUUUUCUAGAAGUAACAUUUUAACUGAUCACAAACUUAUUCAUACAGGAGAGAAGCCAUACCAUUGUGAUAUCUGCGGUAAAUCAUUCACUACAAAUAGUAAUUUGACUAGUCAUAUACGUAUUCAUACUGGGGAAAAACCAUAUCAGUGUGAUAUCUGUGGUGAAUCAUUCUCUGAAAUUGGCACUUUAACCCGACACGUACGUACUCAUACAGGAGAGAAACCAUAUCAGUGUGAUAUCUGUGGUAAAUCAUUUUCUCGAAGUGGUAAAUCAUUUUCUCGAAGUGCUGACUUACCUAAACACAAACGUACUCAUACAGGAGAGAAACCAAAUCAGUCUGAUAUCUGUGGUAAAUCAUUCUCUACCAGUAGUGACUUAAAUAGACACAAAAGUACACAUACAGGAGAAAAGCCCCAUCAUUGUAAUAUCUGUGGUAAAUCAUUUCUCUAAGUAGCAAUUUAAUCAGUCACAAACGUAUUCAUACAGGAGAGAAGCCAUAUCAUUGUGAUAUCUGUGGUAAAUCAUUCUCUCACAGUAGUGACUU